AUGGGUAUUCCCGCAGCCUUCCGAUGGCUAUCCAACAAAUAUCCUAAGAUUAUCUCUCCCGUGAUUGAGCAGACGCCAAUCACCACUGAAGAUGGCAUCACCAUUCCCGUUGACACCACUCAACCAAAUCCCAAUGGAGAAGAGCUCGACAACUUGUACCUGGACAUGAAUGGAAUUGUCCACCCAUGCUCUCAUCCAGAGGAUAGGCCUGCGCCGGCCGAUGAAGAGGAGAUGAUGCUUGAAGUUUUCAGAUACACGGAUCGUGUCGUGAACAUGGUUCGUCCUCGGAAAAUCCUCAUGAUUGCUGUUGAUGGAGUUGCACCAAGAGCGAAGAUGAACCAGCAACGAUCUCGACGAUUUCGGUCAGCUCGGGAAGCCCAGGAAAAGGAAGAAGAUAAGAAGGCGCUAAUCGAGCUGCUAAAACGUCAAAAUGGCGGUUCUUUCCCAGCUGCCGACACGGAAACCGUUGUCAAGAAGGCCUUCGAUUCCAACUCCAUUACUCCAGGCACUCCGUUCAUGGACAUCUUGGCCCUGAGUCUGCGAUAUUGGUGCCAGUACAAAUUGAACACGGAUCCCGCUUGGGCUAAGCUCAAGAUCAUCAUAUCUGAUGCUACGGUCCCAGGUGAAGGUGAACAUAAAAUCAUGUCCUUCAUCCGAUCUCAACGCACCUCUCCUAAUUACGACCCUAAUACUCGUCAUGUCAUCUAUGGCUUGGAUGCCGAUCUCAUCAUGCUAGGGCUUGCCACGCAUGAACCUCACUUCCGAGUUUUACGUGAAGAUGUAUUUUUCAAUGAAGGCAAAAACAGGACAUGCAAGCUUUGUGGCCAAAAGGGACAUGAGCCUUUUAUUUGGCUCCAUGUUUCUGUCCUCAGAGAGUAUCUCGCGGCUGAGCUGUCUAUUCCAGACCUGCCCUUCAGAUUUGAUCUAGAACGGGCGAUUGACGACUGGAUUUUCAUGUGCUGCUUCGUUGGUAACGACUUUCUGCCUCACUUGCCUGCUCUGGAAAUCCGCGAGCAUGGAAUCGACACCUUGACCACGAUUUGGAGAACCAAUCUACCAUCCAUGGGUGGCUAUGUCACUAAAGAUGGUCACAUCGAUUUGGAGAGAGCGCAAGUCAUACUUGACGGCCUUGCGAAUCAGGAGAGUGCAAUUUUCAAGCGAAGAAAAGAACAAGAAGAUCGUCGAGAGGCUAAUGCCAAAAGAAGGAAGCUUCAAAAUGAAGGCUAUUCAAGGAACGGGCAGCACGGCUCUGGUCCCAAGCAAAAUGGGCAUGCAGACCCAACCAAAGGAUUGCAACUAUUCCCUAUUGCGACACAGCCCACAAACUUGCUAGCAAAUAUCACCCACGAUAUGGUUGUCAGCCGCGGUGCUGCCCAAGAUGUGACGUUGGCCAACAAGGGUGCGGCAAGUGUCAUGCGAGACCGACUGCGAGCAGACACCAACAAGGACAAUGUUGAUAAAGACAACGUUAACAAAGACAAUGUUGACAAAGAUGAGACGGCGUCCGGCACAGCAGCAGAUAUUACCCAACCACUGCCUUCGGCUCUUGGGAAAAGGAAGGCUGCAGAGCUUGAUGACACUGCCAACUCCUCUUCAGCGGAGUCAUCUAAACCUCAACCUCAGGUAUCCCAGGAGAUUGAACCUAUCGAUAACGUUCGUUUGUGGGAAGACGGAUACGAAGAUCGCUACUACCAGCAGAAGUUCCAUAAGGAUCCACAAGAUAUUGAAUUCCGUCACAAGGUGGCCGAGGCGUACGUGGAAGGCUUGGCCUGGGUAUUGUUAUACUACUUUCAGGGAUGCCCGUCUUGGGAGUGGUAUUAUCCUUACCAUUACGCCCCCUUUGCCGCUGAUUUCAAGAAUCUCAGCAAAAUGGAUAUUCGCUUCGAAAAGGGGCGAAUUUCCAGACCUUUUGAACAGCUCAUGAGCGUCUUACCAGCGGCAUCUCGUCAUGCUCUCCCCACAGUGUUCCAUGAUCUAAUGUUGAAUAAAGACAGUGAGAUUAUUGACUUCUAUCCCGAAGAUUUCGAAGUUGAUCUAAAUGGAAAGAAGAUGGCCUGGCAAGGAGUGGCUCUACUUCCAUUUAUCGACAUGUCACGACUCCUUAAGGCGGUUCAAGGCAAGUAUCCUCUAUUAAGCCCUGAAGAUGUUGCGCGAAACACUGUAGGAAGGGAAGUUCUGUUGCUAUCCGACAACCACGAGGGCCUUUACGACGAUAUCUUGACCACUUUCUAUUCCAAGAAGCAAGAUCGAUCAAAGUUUAGUAUCAAUACAGAACACAGCAAUGGCCUUGCUGGGGAAAUUGAGAAACAAGAGGACAAGGUUCCCCAUGGGGCCUUGAGCUAUCCUCUCGAGCGACGAUCCAUGCCAGAUCUAGAUUACGACCAUUCCAUCAGCGUUUACUAUGACAUGCCCCAGGUAUCGCAGACUCACAAAUCGAUGCUCCUACGCGGAGUGCGAAUGCCGCCGCCAGCUUUGACUAGGAGUGAUAUUGAGGUAAUUCGAGGAAAAACCAACAACCGAGGAGGUCGCAACUAUGGAGGACCCCCACAGCACUACGGCAAUAACAAUGGUGGCCGGUACAGGGGUGGCUAUUCCGGUGGCUAUAGGGACACACGAGACUCUUAUAACGGACACAAUAGGGACAACCAACGCUUCGAGCCGCAGUAUAAUGCGCCUUAUGGUCCGCCACCCGGUACAUAUGCCCAACCCCAGCAGGGCUGGUCCGACAAUAGGAACGACUACAACCGCCAAGGGAACGACUAUAACCGCCAAGGGAACGACUACAGCCGUCAAGGAAACGAUUACAACCGCCAAGGAGGGCGCGGAGGGAACUAUGGAAACCGGCCUCAUUACGGUGGUGGUCAACGGCGCGGACGUGACUAUGCGUAA